AGAGAAUUAAAUUCGGCGUAGAAUGGCGCACAUUUAUUUGGGACCCCCUUUAUGCAGAGUUCUCCAACACUCUCCAUUUCCAACUUCACUUUCGAUUCAAUUCCACCGUUUUCACCCAAUGUCUUCCUCUUCUGCUCGUCUUUCUCACUGUGCUUGCUGUUCUAAUGCAACCCCUCACCUCAAUAAUUACCAGCCUUCUCUGCUUGUCUUUUCAGGUGGAACAGCAUUUAAUGGUGUUGUUGAAGAGCUUAAGCAAUUAACGACUCGUGUUGCACAUGUCCUCCCUGUUUCAGAUGAUGGUGGAAGCACAGCCGAGAUUGUUCGUGUUCUUGGUGGUCCUGCUGUUGGUGACAUAAGGUCAAGGUGUUUGAGAUUGUCUGAUGAAAGUACUUUGGAGGCUCUUGCAGUAAGAACAUUACUCGGAUAUCGAUUACCACAUGAUGCAAGAACAGCCAAAUCAGAAUGGUAUUCUAUAGUGGAAGGACAUCAUUCUCUAUGGGAAGGUGUCUCCAAACCAUACAGAGAAGUAAUCCGCGUUCUUUUAGCAUAUUUCCAAGAUCAGAUUUUGCGGCACUCUGACAUGUCAUUUUGUUUCAGCAACGGAAGCAUAGGGAAUUUUUUCUUUGCAGGGGCACGAAUAUUCUUCGGGUCAUUGGAUGCUGCAAUUUUUUUAUUUUCCCGUGUUUCAAAGAUUCCUACAGAAAGUCUGGUUCUUCCGGUCAUAUUAACCAAUGAUAGGUUAACUUUGGGUUGUGAAUUACAGGAUGGAACAAUUAUACGUGGUCAAAAUGAAAUAUCUCAUCCAACUAAAGCAUCAAUGGAACCUGUAGACAAGCGAGGCUCUUCAGUACCUGCACUUCCUUCAAGAAUAAAGCGAGUAUUCUACAUGUCUAGUGAAGGAUGUAGUUCAUCGCACAAGGUAUUUCCAAAUGUAAACCCGGCAGUUUUGGACCAGUUAAGAAGUGUGGAUUGCAUUAUAUAUGCGAUGGGGUCACUUUUUACUUCCAUAUGCCCCUCCUUGGUUUUGCUUGGAGUUGGGGAGAUCAUCUCUUCAAGGUCCUGCCCAAAGGUACUUCUGUUGAAUAGUCUUGCUGACAGAGAAACAAGUGGCUUUUCUGCUUCUUGUUUUGUUACUGCAAUUACAGAUGCUCUCAACCGGACCUGUGAGAGUCUUCAUAAUUGUCUAGAUAACCUUCCCAGUGACUACAUCAAUACACUAGUGGUACCUAAAGGCGGUCAAAUUCCUUUAGACAGUCAGCAUUUGGCUGCCCAAGGAAUAUUUGAAGUGAUUACUGUUGAUACGAUAAUCGACCCAAAAGUGGGAAUAAUUUUUGACCCUAGAUCUUUAAUACAAGCUCUUGAUGGUCUGGUAAGAAAGUCUGAGAGAAGUGUCAUGGUUGAGUAAGUGAUUUUCUUCAACAAAAUGAUCUGCAUUUUGGUGAAAGAUAGCUGGAAAUAUAUUCUGUAUCUUUUAUCUCAGGAUGUCAAAGGUAUAUAUUCUACCAAGUUAAAUUAUGUUUCUAUAUUUUUUGUUGCCGGUUCUAAAUGGACAACUUAAACACCUUAAUGCUGAACCAGGUAGAUUGUCUGCAUAUUGCAGGGAUUUUUAAACAUCAAUAAUUUGACCCCGAUAAAAUACGGUUUUCUUAUAAUUGUAAUUUAGAUGCUCAAGACUGUGCAGUACUUGUUGGUACUAAAGAAAUACUAAUACAUAUUUUUUUAUACCACUAGCAACAUCAGCUCAAAUUUGGUAAUUGCUUUUUGACAAAUACAGAGCAGAGUUUAUUCAAAUGAUAAUAAAACAAUCUCCCAAGAAAGAUAUAACACAAGAUUACUUGAUUUCAAUAACAAUGUCCCGUAUAAAGAAACUGCAUUAUAGUGACUCUUUUAGAAACCUUCCAAAAUAGUAAUGCAAAAAUGGAUACACUCAUGUAUCCUAUCAUGUGGAGAUUGCAACCUUUACCCAUUUUGUGUUUUAUUUAAGCAAUAUAUGUUCUGUAAAUAAUUUAACAAAUAUGUUUUCAUAUAAGUGUUAACAAUCAAAAAUAGUUUGUAGCUUUUUAAUUAAUAUAAUUAUCUACGGAUAAGGAUAGUCAUUGCCUGUUGCAAGGGGCAAGAUCUUUUUGAAUGAAACACCCAUCGAAGCUAAAGAGUAUUUUUUUACUUUGGGACAGUCUUGUGGUAUACUAUUAUAGACAGCUAAUUCUAUCCUAUGAGUUCCACAACUAGAACUUUUAAACCAGCAAAUAAGACAAAAACUUUGAACUUGCAACCAGUGAAUAGUGGACUAAAAUAUUCUUAAUUUGAAGAUAAUAUAUAAGCAAUUGUAGAAACUUAAUGGGAAAUUAUUAAAUAAUGAAGGCUUUGCUAGAAGCUUCAACUGAUAGCUAAGAUAAUUACAAGGUAAGACCUUUACCAAACAUAAUUUCAAGUACAUAAUUUCUUUGUGUAUCUAUGUAUAUAAGAUAGUUAUGAGCUACAGUAGUGAUUAACUAUAUUCUUUCUUUUAUAGUUGGUUUAUCUAAAAUAGAAAAGAAAGUAUGUAAACUGAUGACAUAAUCCAAAAUGACCAAAGAAAAUUAUGUCAUUUAAUUUGUAAAGAAAGAGAUUAAAGAUGUAGCAAGAUUGAUGUAAUAUUGAUUUACAUUUUAUUGUAUCUUUACUUACUAAAAAUGAGAGGAAAUAAUAAUUACAAAAGAUGCAGUCAACAACAUUGUUAACAAAAUAUAUCUAUCUUUAAUAAUAAUUCUUAUAAAUAUUUUUUUUAACUUAUUGAUGUCCUUUCUUAACUUAUCAUUUUCGAUUAACCUUGCCUAAUAUAGACAUUAUAAUGUUACUUUGUCAGGGAGCUCAAUAUAAAUUACUACUUCUUUAUUAUUAAUUUUAUUUUGUUAAAAAUUACUGAAAAUACAGGGGGUGGGUUUUAUAUUUAAAUUCUAUCCUUAUACUUUUAUAUUGAAAAUUAACUCAACCUCAUAUAAUUUGAACUUAUAUAUAUUUAUGGAAUGAAUAGAUAUUCUACUAUUGUUUGUAGUGCCACGUAAUGAACCUUAGACCGUUUUUCAUGUCGCAAUCGGUCUCCUCUUUUACUUUUGGAAAUACUGUGGGUGGACUUUAUAUCUAAAAUCUACUUUUUUAUAUUGAAAAUCAACAAAACCUCAGAAAAGUGCCGAGGGACAUCCUCGGCAUCAUUUUUCAAAGAAAAAUUGACCGCUGACCGGAUAUCUAUUAUAUGCUUACUAGAUAUGGACCAUAGGUAUAUAAUAAUCAGAACCAGUGCCAUAUUGAAACUGAUUUAUUUGCAGAACCACGAGUGUCUUUCUGUUCUGUUCAAUAGCAUGUACAGGAAAUUAGACAGACUGGUGUAAUCUUGGAUCCUACCAAAAUUUUGGACUUUUGCGUGUGUGCACGUCUGUGUCUAAACUUUUAUCUGCAAUAUUCAGAAUUUAGCAGUAAAUGACUUCCAUCUGACAUUUAGUUCUAUAAUUGAGGGUCCCAUCCGGCCUUCCCGAGCCUGUGUUCUACUAGUUAUUUACUGAUCAGAGUUGAACUUGUGAUUCUACUGUGAUGACCGACCAAUGUAACACCAGAGUACAAGCUUUCCUCCCUUUUUUUGGUCAUUGAUUUGUAGGGAUCUAAUAUAUUUGGGUUAUCCUUUGCGAUGAAUUAAGUUUCUUAGAAGCCUUGAGAAUCAAAGGAGUGGCCAAGCGGUGGCAAAGGUACUCCUAUUUCAAAAAUAAUACUUGCUAAUGCAUUAUUGAAGUAAAUAGUUUUAGGUAGCUUCUUUUAUUAUCUAUAGUUACCGUUCCAUUACUUGUGUCGUCCUUAAAUUUUUAGUCAUACUAGCUCCAGGCAAGCAGCUACCGGCAUUUAUAAUGAAAUAUUAUUUAUAUAAGUAAGCCAAUAUAGUUAUAUACAUAGUAACGGCAUUGGAUUUGAAUACCCAAUUUGAAUCACUUGUACAAUGGCAUUAUUACUCUGAAGUCUUAAGCUGUUGCAUAAGAUACAUCCAUAGCAAUACAGAAAAAGCCGCCUUUAGCAGUAUCACCCCUUUACACCCUUAUGUUUCCACCGCCAACCCCAGUUUGUUUCCCAUGAGUUCUUUGUCAACCAGUACUUGGUACCGUCAACUUCCGCCCCAGUUUUUCCGUAACCAACACCAAGAUCAAUGCCUACAAUCUGCUAAAAAACCCGUUGGAAUUAAAGUUAAAGGGCAUAUCUGUCAUUGGAUGAUUAGCUACUGUCUUGCUGUAGACUAGUAUCGCUCAUAACCACUUGGCUGCUAGUGAAGCUUCUUAUGUGAAGUUGCGAUUUCCAUCAGCUGCAGUGUAAGGGUAAGAUGUUUCUGAGGAAGUUUCUUUGUUUUUCAUGACAAAUUUAUAGCCAUUCUACAUGUUGCCACCUUCACAACCUUGAUCUUCCCCAGAUUUGUCACAAUCUACUAGUUUUCCACAGAUUUCCAUUUUUAAGAUUCCUUAGGUGGCAGCCGUGAUUCAAAAUUCCCAGCAGCUUCCUAUAUUUCAACAUAUAAAUAUUUAUUUGGUGAGGUAGGAUUAUAGUACUGAAUGUGAAGAUUUGUGGAACAGUAGAAAGUAACCUUUGGCAGUCUCUAUUCAUUAUGCAGUUCCCCACUGCACAUUGUAUCUUUUGUACUAAGUUGUCUGUAAAAGCCAAAAAAAAAAAAGUUGAAUGUAAAACGCCCAGUGUAGGACUGUUGUAGGAAAAGAAAUUAAAGUUGGAUCUUUGUACCACAUUGACCUUUGAUCAAUAGGUGUAAAAGCACCUUAUUCCUUCUGUCCGUGUUAGAUUGCGUUGCCGUCACACAUGGACGGUGCUGUGGCAUGUACAAGUGCAACAACACUAGGCCCGUGACGUGGUCUAUACAUUUUUCCCCUGCUAGUCUAGUAUACUCCUAGAAAAUAGAAUUACAAUCUUAUUAAUCGCCUGCCCUCUUAUCUCUUCUUCUUUAAAGAACAAAAAGGAUUCUUUGUAACUUAAUAUUUGCUCCCUCCCUCUCUUUGUGGUCAAGUUGUAAUUUUGUUUACUUGUUGAACAAUUAAAUGAAUUCCACAUCGUCUUUGAAUAUCUGAAAUAUGAUAGCUUUGUCUGCUUAGUCCUUUUAAUCAUGACUUUCAUAUUUCUCUGCAUUGAUGGUUCAGGAAGUGCUCGAGAUGUGAGAUGCAGCUUCAGAAUCCAAUAUUCCUACAAAAAUAUAAGCAUCAGUCAGUUCCUGAUGCAAGACAGAGACCGUGAAACUGCGAAAGGCAUUUACCCUUUCACCACAUUUCUAGAAACAGCUGUACAAAAUACCAUGUAUGAAAGAUGUAUAUCUAAGUAGAAUACACGUAGUCACGUACUCAUACUCUUCUUCUAUGUGAUAGGUAGUUAUGAGAACCAUACCUCUUGAUAUGCAUAUAUGAGAUGUGUAUGUUUCAGAUGAAAUAUCUCAGAUCUAAAGUAUAUCAGAGAUGUGUAUCUUCCAAAUAUGCAUUCUAAGUAUGUGCGUCUUUAUGAUACACAUUUUAAUCAUGUUACAGAUUAGUUGGAACAAUUCUCUGCUGGAUUUUAAUACUAUAAGUAGAAAACUGAAGUUGCAGGGUUUGGAUGAAA